AUGGUCUUACUGCUUGUCUCCUUUUGUCUUCUCCUUUCUGCAGCCGUUCUGAAGGAUUUCCUGCGCGAGCUGCCCGAGCCGUUGUUCACCAACGCUCUCUACCCGAUGAUCUACGAUGCGGUACAGGUGACUCUGCCCGGCGAUGCCCAGAACGGAGCCAAGUUGAUGCUGAACAUCCUCGACUGUCUGCCUGCCGUCAAUCAGUUGUCCAAAACCGGGCUAAUGGGAGAUCGGGCCGCCCGAACAGAGAGAUCCGGCCAGCAGGGUGGGGAAGGUGGGGGAGAACGGCUUGUCUAUGAUGGCAGAACUCGAGAGAGAGUAGAGGAGCUUCUUUACAAGGUGACUGGAGCAGGGUACUGA